AUGUUGAAAUAUAUCGUGGGCUUUCUUUUGUGCUCCACGUUGCAGGUAACUGGCUUUUCGACUCCUGGAAGAAAUAACGGAUCAAGAACGAAGAAACACGAAACAAGUAUUGGAGCUGUAACGACGAAUGACAAUUCGCAAUCUGAUGAAUUUCAAAGAAGGCAGUUUUUGAAAACUUCUGCUUUCGCCGCAAUUGGUAUGCUUGGAGCAUCAUCGGCAUUUCCACAGGAAGCUCAGGCUCAAUAUGUGCUUGAUGAUGAAACCGGUGAAUACGUGCAAGUUGAAGAUGGUGACUGGCAAGAAGCUUGGAGACAACGUUUGGACAAAGCUAAGGGAAUGUCACAGCAAGAAAUCUUCCAAGCAGCCCGAGGUGCAGGUAACUUGAAUCUAAAGGAUGGUCCAGAAUCAGAUGCUUCUAAAAAGAGAAGAGCCAUGUCGGGAUGUCGGGAUGCUGCUGUGCGUGAUAAGGCAAAGGCAGGUAAUGAGCGAGAGUGCACCUCAAGAGUUUUUGGAGGGGAGGUAGACUUUAUUCUAGAGGCGCUCUAG